AUGGCAGGACCGCGCGGAGGAAGAGGAGGUGACCGUAGACGCGGCGGGCACGGCGGUGCCCAUUCGAAUCGUGGACGCGGGAAGAGCCACGCGCAAAAUGAUGAGCGCUCAUCGCAAGGAGUUUCCACACCACGCAACCAGGGACGGCAGAACGGCGGUAGUUCGAAUGCGCGGGGCAGCCCCAGCAGUUCGACUGUCACUACUGCCAUCGAUUCACCCGCGCCCAAUUUCGCGCCCCACGAGUACCAGAAGCGGCUACAGUUUAUCAAAGCACAACGCCCCAAGAUUCGCGCAAAGUUCAUCAAGGAUGGUCUCAUGAACCCAGACGGCCAGAUGCGCCUGGCCGACUCGGUCAAGUUGUACGGCCUCUGCCAGGAGAUGUGUCCGGAAUAUGAGCGCGUGCGUCGCAUCGUAGAGCUGGAUGUCAAGGCGCCUGAAUGUACACCCGAAACCCAACAUCUUCCCUCGCGCAACCAGCGCAAAGCAGAUGAGUCGCGCAUGGUCAAGGCAUACGCACGUUCAGCAGCAGGCAUGGACGUAGAGCUGGUCUCCGAAAUUCGAAACCCAGCCACUUGUCUGAGAACCCUCAAGUACCUAUAUGGACGCCUAGACGAAGACGAUUUUGAGUUUCUUCACUCAUGGCUCUGGGACCGCACACGAGCCGUCCGAAAAGACCUCCGAACGCAGCGCAUCGAGAACAGACACGACAUCAACAUACUGCUCACAUCGCUUGAGUACAGCGCCCGCUUCUACAUGUUGUCAGCACACCACAUGGCUCGGAGCAACAAGGACAACUAUUCCCACCAGCAAGAUGUCGAGCAAUUGAACCAGACGUUGAUUUCACUAAAAGAGCGCUAUGUCGACAACCGGCGCGCCGGCAUAAUAUCCACAAAUGAGGCUGAGUUCUGGGCAUAUCGUCUUAUCCUAGCUCCAAUCUACGCCAACACUGCGCUAGAGAACGAACUGCACCACCUGCCCAGCGACCUGAAACAUAACCCACGGAUCCAGACUGCCUUAGAGAUCUUCCGCCUUCUCAAGUCCAUCAUUAUUCACAGGCCCACCAAGAAUUCCAUUCAGUGCCAGUCCAACUGGAAAAAGUUCUGGGACUUGAUCAGGUCACCUAGGGUGUCUUAUCUGAUGGCAUGCGCAGCCGCCAUAUCCUUCAAUCGGGUCCGACACGUUGUGCUCGAUGCAGUCUGGCGUGUCUAUCGCCUCGGCCUCUAUAGACAUCAACGAGACGUCACAGACUGGACAACCGGCAAGCUGAGAGAAGUGCUUGGUAUGGACACUGACUCGGAAGCCGUAAAAUUUUGCGAGGCCCAUGGCUUUGUAUUCGGGGUAGACGAAAAUGGAGCGACUUAUAUGGACAUCAAGCAGAGGUUCUACGAGAGGAAAGCGCACGUCUUGCCCAAGGCUGAUGUCAAACCCCAGUUCUUCUCAGCAUCGAUUGUCGAGCCUAAGCGUUAUGGCCGGCCACUUUCAGCCGUCAUUGCGGGCCAGACCGUUCGGGAAGCUACGACUGGUGCUAUGCCUUCCAAAAUCCCAGACCACGGGACAUCGCUGUUCAUCCCAGAGGCUCCCAAGGGCUUCAGCCAACAACCGAAUGGAGCGAACUCUUCCGCAAGCGGUUUGGGAUUGGGCUUUACCCAAAACACGUCCCCGUUUCAAUUCAACGGUUCUCCGACCGUUAGCACAAAUCCCUUUGACAAACGCAUUCAACCAGGUGUGUUCGAUGCGUCCAAAAACAGCAUUAUAUUUGCGCCGUCCACCAACACGAAUGCAAAUCCUUUCGCGCCAUUCCAAUCUGCUUCGGAGGAGCCCGUGGCCAACCCUUUCCAGAGGAACAACAAUGUGCAGCCUCAGUCUACUCCGAUCGUUCCCUCGGCAGAGCAAAACAAGCGCAAUGCAGCCGAAAAACAACGGCUAGAGGAUGAAGCACGACAACGCGUUCAGGCGGCGCAGCGAGCGAGGCAGGCGAAAGAGGCGGAACAACGGCGAGAAGCAGAAGCUGCUGCAGCACGCCAACUUCAAGAGCAGGCUGAUCGAGAACGCAAGGCACGCGAGAGACAGGAGGAGUUGGCACGACAGGCAAGGCAACGUCAGGUACAAGAAGAGCAGGCGACGACAGCACGGAUACAAGAGAUGGAUGCGGCAUUAUUUGCAAUUACUGAGGAUAUCAUGUUCAAUCCUAGGGAAGGGCUACUCCUUCAGUGGAUCGACAAUGCAGCUGAUACUAUGGCGCAGGAUGUCGCAAAGGCGUUGGAGAUGGAGAGGAGGGUGGCGAAGGUGGACCAGAACUACGAAGCCUAUCUAAAGGACCUAAAGCGGGCGGCUUUGGCUAAGAUUAUGAUGGCGGUGCAGAAGAAGAAGAAAAUGGAGAGGGCACGCGAGAGGAGGAAGCGAUGGAAGCAGACACGAGCUCGGGCCCUGACCAGGAAUGAUGAGGUGGUUGAUAUGCCUGCACCUGUAAAGUCGACAUUGACGAACAGCAAGGCGCCAGCGACGUCCCAACCGGAUGGACACUCGACUCCACAGCAGUCUGUUGCAGCUCCGAACUCCCGAUGUGCUAAACGCACAGAGCAGCGUCACAAGGCUCAAGUGUCUGAGACGAAUGGUGUCAAAGAGAAGGUUCCGACGCUGGGCAACUCUAGACUUGGGGCGGCAAAGAUGACUUCCAAAGCUUCUAACGACGCGAGCACGAGCAUCAACAAAGCUUCGGAUUUCGGCUACUCGCAGGCUUAUCUCAAGGCUGCUCAAUAUGCACCUGUUGACCGGACUGAGACCGACUGGUUCAGACUGCGGGCUCAGGGUAUCGAUCCUAGCAAGUAUCGAAAGCGCAGCUUCGAUUUCACAUCAUCCGACGAUGACAAACCAAAGCUGAUCGAGCCCAAGCGCGCCAAGUUGGCUACGUCACCGCCUGCGACCGAGGAUCCAGUGCCAACGCCACCGAAAACCAUGGAGGAGGAACAGCGAGCCCGUAUUGAAGCCCUGAGGCAUUCUUUCAGAACGUCGAGAUCUGGAACAUCACCGUCUUCGUCAUUCAAUGGGGCAAUCUCUGCAUAUGGACGUUCGUCAUUUGGCGAUUCGACAUCCCUGUUAGAACGAGCUCGACGGACCAUCGCUGAGACAAAGGCAGGACUGCACGGCGGUAUGUCCUUGUAUAGAUCUGGACCAUUCGACGGACACGCCAGCCCAGUUAUAUCACGUGCGAAUGAUGUAGUACACGAUUUCAGCCGCAGCGUCCCCAACCUAGGCUUUUCUGCAUCACAAAGCCAUGCUUCCACGUUUGGUAACAGCAUCGGCCCUACUGCAUCGACCAAGAAUCGCCCUGCAUACUGGGACCGUCCAAGCCGAUUUGUACCCAAACAUCUCUUUGGCAAGGGCGGAGAAGCGGUUCUUGCCUGGAGGAAAGAGCAAGGUUUGAGCAAGUCGCCUGCUAGCACCCGACCUGCUAGCACAGAGCCUUUGGCCAUUUCGUCGCCCAUCACGACAUUCGAGGCGUAUGCGCAGCCGCAGCCGAGCCAGAUGGGUGGCUAUCUCUCGUCGCCGACCAAUACAUUCGACACGUACUCCAUGCAGCCUAUUCAGGCCACAAGCUACACCCCAGACCAGUACACCAACGACGCAUCCGAUGUCAGCGGCGUAGAAGUUGUCGACGUGGAUGCCGAAGACUCGCAUCCCAUCACAGUCGGCAACGAGGUGUCACAGUACAGCCAGGACGUCAAUCUCGACUUCUACACAAAUUCCCAUUACGCAUCUCAGGAGCACCAUAAAACCUACACCCAGGAUGCCGCGGAAGAUGCGGACUCGGAGAUGCUGGAUGAAGACGAUGUCGUAGACUACACAAACAACAUGGAAGACGACGCUGGCUCCGACGAUGACGAUGAGGAACUCGAUGAUUCCGUCCAAGAGAGCUACGACGAAGAGGAUGACGAGGAGGAGGAAGAGGAAGAUGUGUCUGACGAAGAGGACGAGGACGUCAGUAACGCCAACACCAACGGCAUGCAGCCCGGUGCUACAGAAGAUGACGCUAUCGAGCUUUCGGACUAG